UCGCGAAAGGAUGUCCCGCCAACAUCGUGAGCCUGUCAUCUUCGUUGUAUCCAACCGCCUCCCUGUAACGGUCACGCGAACCGAUGAUAACACAUACGACGUCUCGUCAUCUAGCGGAGGCCUCGUAGGAGCGCUACAAGGCUUCGCAGGGUCGACUGAAUUUCGAUGGUACGGUUGGCCUGGGCUGGAGAUACCUGAGCAGCAUCGAGCGAUGGUGGAGGAGAAAUUGGCAACUCAGAAGGCUUAUCCUAUCUUCUUCAACAAAGCUCUUGAAGAUAAGCAUUAUAACGGGUUUUCGAACAAGAUCCUAUGGCCUCUGCUGCAUUAUCAAGCAGAUCAGAUCCACAUAAGCAAAGAGGACUGGACAGCAUAUCAAGAAGUCAAUCGCGCCUUCGCCGAAUCCAUAGGAUCAGAGGCCGAGGACGGAGACAUCAUAUGGAUCCAAGACUACCAUCUACUCUUAAUGCCGCAGUAUCUACGCCAAGUAUUCGGCGACGGCAAAAGGAUUAGGAUCGGCUUCUUUUUGCAUACUGUCUUCCCUAGUAGCGACUUCUUCAGAAUACUACCAGUUAGAAAGGACUUACUGGAGAGCCUUCUCCACUGCGACCUCGUCGGCUUCCAUAACCAAGACUAUACGCAUCAUUUCCUUGAUUGCUGCACAAAAUUUUUGCACCUCGACACAAGCGGUUCCCAGGUCAUUUUCCAAGACCGAAAAGUCAAUCUCCUUACUAGCCCGGUAGGGAUCGACCCCAGCGAAUUCCGCAAACUACUCGACCGUUCAGAUGUUAAACAACGCGUACAAGGUUUGAAAGAAAAGUACAAAGGUGUCCAGCUGAUAAUCUCAGUCGACCGCCUCGACUACAUCAAAGGCAUACCCCUUCGAAUCGAAGCAAUGGAUGCCUUCCUAACCAAGUAUCCUAACUAUGCCGACAAGGUCGUCCUGCUACAGGUUGUCAUUCCGAGCCGCGAAGAUGUUAAGGAUUACCGAGGGCUCCACAACCAAAUCAACCAGGCCGUCUCUCGAGUUAACGAAAAACACGGUCCUGUCGACAUGAUGCCUAUCCACUCGCUUUUUAGUUCUGUGUCUAAGGCCGAGCUGGCGGCACUCUAUGCCGUGUCGGACGUAUGCAUCGUAUCAUCCAUACGUGACGGCUUCAACAUGGUUUCGCUAGAAUACGUCGUGUGCCAAAGAGAGCACCAUGGCGUUCUGCUGCUAUCUGAAUUCGCAGGCGCGUCCGAGGUGCUAGAUGAAAGCGUUUCAAUUAACCCAUGGGACACGGACGAGUUUGCAGACGCGAUCCAGUGCGCCCUGACUAUGGGGAGGGAAGAGAAGACGGCGAGGUGGGAAAGCUUAAACAAGCGUGUAGAGCAGUUUACGAGCAAGAGGUGGGGUGAGGCGUUCUUGGAAUUGUUGAAGAAUUCCGACCAUGGGCAUACUGCGCGCCAUGGCGUUGCGAAUGGUGCAGUUGACUGUGCGAGUUGCAUGCUCGAAUAGCGAAAUGAGAUGCUGCAUGAAUGGGGAUUCUCGCAUUGCUUUUCGGAUUUAAUCUUAGUGGCGUGUCUGUAGGGCCAAGAGGAAAUGCGCUACCCAUAUUUUGACGCUUUUGACGUUCGCGAUAGAGCACUCUCACUGUCCCGUUCAGGGCUGCAGCUGGUAUCAAGCAAAAUUUCUCUAGAAUCUAUUUGCCUGCAGUAAACGAACGGUAGACAUCCUCUCGCGAACAACUCGAAUUUCCAACAACGAAAACAG